GAAGCAGAGUGAGUGAGGGCGCCAUUUUGUACGAAGUCCCCUUGUUGUGGGACACUAGACCACUUCGCGCCGGCAGGAAACACAACUUUUUAGGCAUGGAUCACGCCUUUUAUGUGGUGCAAUCGCCACCGGAAGAUCCCACCAUAAGCCCGGAUUUUACUUAUAAGAUGUCUGAAGCCGAGUUGGUGAAGUUUGUGAGGUUACGCGCCGCCAACGAUGCUCUGUUCACUGGAAAAAGGAACACCUCAGUCAUUGCUUGGAGGGCCAUCUUGAAAGAGAUGGGGAUCCACAGGAAGAUGUCGACCAGUCAGGCCAGGAAGAAAUGGGAAAAUCUCAAAAAGAAAUACAAGGAAAUGAAGAACCCUCCACCAGGCAUCACGGUGAACCCGACCAACUGGCAGUGGUUCUCACUGAUGGACGACGCCAUGGAGGGAAGGCUGAAUGACAGUGAGGCCAUGGUGUCCACCAUGUCGCUGGGUGAGGACAGCGAGUACCGACCCGACAGACCGCGGAGACGAGGCCGUGACGGGUUCCGCAGCGACAUCGAGCUCCUGGUCGACGGAGAAGACACCGGGCUCUCGGGGGACACGGGACGAGAGCUGGGCAGCGACCGAGAUGACAUGGAGCACGAGAGGACGCUGAUCGACAGCGACCGGUCGGCUCUAGAGAGCGAGAGGAUGGUCCUGGAACGAGAGAAGAUGGUCCUGGACAGGGAGAGAGCUGGGCUGGAGAGAGAGCUUGCCGCUCUGGACCGAGACAGAGCGUCUCUGGAGAGGGAGAAGGCUGCCGUGGAGCGGGACAGAGCCUCUGUGGAGCAUGAACGUGCUCAGCUGGAGAAGAAGAGGGCUGAGAUGGACAGAGAAAGAGCAAGGCUGGAGAGAGACAGAGCAGCACUGGAGAGACACAGAGCAGGAUUCGGAGGAGAAAUAAUCGACAAUCAGGAGGCACCCGAGAAAGCGCCGGAGGGAGAAAUGGAGCUAGCGUCCAUACAGAGGAGACAAAAAUUCCUCGAUUUAUUUGAGAAGUUGAUCGAAAACUUUUGAAAGCUUUCUGAUUAAAGAAUUGGUGUCUUCUUACCCUGAUUUGUAAAUUUUAUUAUUUUUUUGUUGGAAGAUGCUGUAUGUUUUGCUUGAAAGCUUUGUUUUUUUUUUUUUUGUGGUAUCCUAACGAUGUGAACGGUAGACAUGUCCCAGACGUGUUCAGGGUUCGAGCUAGAGUUCUCUUCAGUCAGGCUGUCAAUGAAAAACCUUAAGCCACCUCUGUUUUGAAGAGGUCUUCCAGACAACUUUUAUUACAUUGUGGUAUUUCCAUACAAAGCACAUCUCGCCCUCACACAGUACAAUAACUCUGAAGUGUUAACUCGAAGGCUCUUUGCCUCAUGGACAAAACAAAAAAAAAUGUUGUUUUUUUUUUGAUUAAUUAAUAUAUCAAAUAUUGCAGUUCAUGUGGAAAAAAAAAUCAGGAUUUACGUUUUUUUUUAUAUUACAAUACAGACUUUACAACAAAAAUGUUUAUGUGGAUGCUUCUUUUAUUGCAUUAGAUAAUAAAUUUUACCUUUCAAAAAAUUCAGCAAGCACCAGCCUGUGACUGAUUUUGCGCUCCAAAGAUUAAAAGAAAAAAAAAUUAUAUGAAUAUUAACAAUAUAUCAUUUAUUUAUUUUUACAAAACACUUCUGUCCGGUUCUCAUCAGUCCAAAAAAGAAAAGAAGUAAAAUACAUUAAAGGUUUGAGUUUUUACCCUUCCAA